AUGAACGCAGACCUCAAGAGGGUCCGCGAGAACACCCUCGACGAUAGCCCCGCCCCGUCCGCAAAAAGGAGGCUCAACAGCCAUGCCCCCUCGCCCGUGCCCACGUCGGCAAGCGACGACGACGGUAUGGCAGACUGGAUGAAAAUCGUCGAGAUCAAGCGCAAAGAGGCCAUUUAUCGCCAAAUGCUUGAAUAUCGACGCUCGUCAGAACGCGAGGCUCAACGGGCAAAUGACCUCGAAGCCCAAAGACGUGUGCUGGAAGCCAGUUUUCAAGCAGUCGAGGUGUGCUGGACACAGAUUGUCACUGCCGUACGAGAUUUGGCCGGCGCGCAAGAAGUCGAGUUGCAGGAGGAACAAGUGUUGGAGCCAUUACUAGAUCCUUCAUUGCCUCAACCAGAACUGGAAAAAGCGCUUCAAAGUCGAUUACCGACCACUCGUCAACUGAUAGCGCGAUUCAUCGAUCUGAUUGCUCGCAACGCCACCCGUCCUGCUUCAGAAGCCGACCUCCAAGCUCGUUGUCUCAAGCUGGAAGCAGAGGCUAGCACCCUUCGAGGCAACUUUACGCUCUUGCAUUCUCAAAUUUCAGACCUGACUGAGUCGCGCGAUGGUGUCCAAAAAGACCUCGCACGCACCCGGAAAGCCCUUGAUCGAGAACGUAUGGAACAUGAGAAGGCUCAUGAAGAAUGGAAGGAAGAGCGAUCACAAGUCGGUCGAAGCACACCUGGUUUACGGACGAAUGGCAGUGGUCACGCGACACCGAAUGGUCAUGUCGACAUGGACGAAAAGGUCCUCAACGGUGCUGGACCUUCGGCUUCUGGGGCGUUGCAAGAUACGUCAGAGCUGGAGCAUCUGGCAGAUUCACGGUUGAAACAGUUGGACCAGCUGCGAGCAGAGCAGACUGUGUUGCAGCAAGAAGUUGACCGGUUGAAAAUCCUUGCUACCCAUCCGUCAGAAUCAGCCGUCCGCGAAUCACCAUUCUUUCAAGUUUACCUCAAUCAACUCUCCACCCAACUCAGCAGAGCCAACGCUCUCCAAGAGCGAUUUUCAGCAACUGAAGCCAAACUCGACCAGCUGCGUGAUGCGAAUGGCGACUUUCGAGAGGCCGUGCUCGCCGAAGCUCGAGCUGAAACGGAAGCCUUACGGUCACAGAUGGCCAAAAAGGACGCUGAUCUUGCCCGGCUGAGAGGCCAGCGAGACGAGAUGAAUGCCGAGAUUAUGGAGCGAAGGGCCAAAGAGGCUGAAAAAUGCCGGUUCACUGAACAGAUGGAGGGUCUGGCAUCCACGCGCGAAGAACGAAUUGGUUUCCUCACUUCCGAAGUCCGGCGACUCAAGGGCAAGCUUGCCGCUGAGCAUGGGUCGGAGGGGUAUCUAUCUUUCCUGCGCGAUAGCGGUGUUGAUGGGGAUUAUAUCCAAGAUCUCGAAUCCAAAGUCAGCACUUCGCAAGACCAGGUCAACGCCCUCACCUCCCAGCUUGAACGUGUUUCAUCAGAUCACGCUGCUGCCAUCAGCGAGGUUCAAGUACGUGCAGAGCUCGAAGGCGCCAGGCGCGCCUUGGCGCGGUACGAGCGUAUUCUUGGGCCGAAUGUGGAUGCUGUCGAUGAUGUGCAAUAUCUGGCUACAGAGCUCGAGAAGAAGGAGAAGGAGCGGGCAGGGUUGGAGAUGAAACUUGCCGAAGCGGAGGCGGCUACGAAUGCCCUGUAUGAGGAAGUAGAGGGCCUCUCGAAGCUUUGGGAGAGCUUGGAUCAGACAGUGAAGAGUAAGGUGUUGGAGCUGAGGGAUGGGGAGCAGAAGAUCACUCGGUUAGCCACGGAGAAAGCUAAAGCGGACAACAAAUACUUUGCUGCCAUGCGUGCCAAGGAAGCUGUUGACGUCGAAGCCAAGACGGCACAGAGAAGUGUUGAAAAGCAACUGCGGUUGUUGGAGCGGGCCCAGGAAGUCGAGACGAGCUUGAGAUUGCAGAUUUCUAUAAACGAAAAGGGCAUGACGUCCCUGAAGAACAGCGCUCUUGACCUCCAAACUCAACUAGCGACCGCCGUUGCCGAACGCACCCAGCUUGAGCUCCGCCUUCAGCAAUCUCAAAGUGCCUACACCGAAGCGCAACAGAUCAUGCAAGCCCGUGUGCAAGAGGCAGUGCAGGAGAAAGAAGCAAAGGCGCGAUUGCAGGACGAAGUCGACGGCCAAGGUCGACAGAUCAAAAAGCUGAAGGAGAGGCAGGAGUCUGUCGCUACGGCUGCCCAGACGGGAAUGUCCAACAACGAAUGGGCCAUCACGCAAGAGCGAGACAAGCUACUGAAAUUACUUAAGUGUUCUUGCUGCGAGCAAAAUUUCAAGCAACAGGUCAUCGUCAAGUGCAUGCACACUUUCUGCAAGCAAUGUCUGGAGUCACGCAUCGCCUCUCGACAACGCAAGUGCCCCGCUUGUGGUCUUGCCUUUGCCAAGGAAGACAUUCAAACCCUCUAUUGGCAAAUCGGUGGUUUCGCUGCGUGUUUCGUAGGAGGUUUGGCUGUCAGUCUGUUGGGCGCUAUCUUGUUGUUCUUGGGGGCCACCGGUGCUUUUGCUGUCCUCUUCGCUCUUGGCGGUGUCAUCUCCCUAGUCGGCACAGGCUUCCUCGUCGGCUUCAAAACCCAGCUCGAAAAGAUGUUCAAACCCGUCCGUGUCGUGGCGACUGUCCUGCUGUUUGCAGCCAUCAUCAUGACGUUUGUCAGUGCGUUCGUGCUGCCGACGGUUUUGUGUAUCAUCUUUGUCAUUGUGCAGUACUUGGCGUACCUCUGGUAUACACUGUCGUAUAUUCCCUACGCGCGAACUGCGGUCAAGAGUGCUAUUGGCUGGUAA